AUGGAACCCCGCGAUACGGCUAGCUGCUAUUCUGACGGUGUCAUACGUAAAGAUACCAAGUCCGAAGUGGGUCAACUCGUCACUAUCCUUUUUGAUCUUACCCUUGAGCCUGAUGACACGGCUCCUAUUGACCCGCUCGUCAGCUCAGAUCUUCCAGUAUUCAUGUCUCUCGAAGAUCUCAAGCCAAUCAGAGACAACUUGAACAAUACUCGCACAAGAAGACGCUCAUCUAUGGAGGUUGAGACCCAGGAAGAGUCCGGACUCGAAGACCUUGAGAUUGCUAUUGAGUCGCCAGAGAGCAACGAAAGAAGUGAUGAGCUACCAAAGACACGAAUUGUGUUUGGUAGCAUAGCUCACUUUCAGUCAGAGUCUGCUACAGUGCCAGUCCGCAACCAGAUGGCACACAUAGAAGAGCAGAUAUCACUGCUUCUUCCGCCUGAUCAUAACGGUUGGCCGGGAGCUGCAAGCUUAGGACUGCAGCUAUUUGAUGAUUAUUGGGAGUCCCUGCCCCCGGCUAAGAGGAGCAUCUUGACGUUACUGCUUAAGGGACAGGAUACCAAAGAUAAAUACACUCCCGAUGAAGUCUCUGACGUGCAAUCUGAUUAUGAGGACGUUGUCUUAUUGGUGUCACGGCCGUCGAACAACUAUUUCUUAAUAGACCGACGGUCGACGAACCUCGGCUAA